UGAGCUGAUCAGAGAGAACGCAUUCUGCCAGCCCAGCGCCUACAAAUCGCAGUCACUUCCUAACCUCCCCCUUUUUAACAUAUUUGAUCACUUUGAUUCUAUGUUCUCUCUCUUAUUAUUUUUACGCGCAUGAAGGAGGUUCUGUAGGUUGUGAUCUUUUUGUUUUAUUAUCAGUCCUGCUUGCCGGAGAGUUGACUUCAUAUUUGACUCGAGCACAGGCUGCAACUGCGCGCGGCUGCUAGCGCUACCUCAUCUGAAGAAAAGGAAGACGCCGGCAGUAUAUAUAUAUAUAUAUUUUUUUUUUUGCCAGUUGUUGGUUUUCUUCAAGACUUUACGCUGGAACUUCUCUCGUGUCGCAAGUAUCUUUGAAAUCUGCUUGUUUCUGUGCGUUCGAACAUCGCUACACACGUGAAGUUAUCUGUCCUGCUCUGUUCAUAUCUUCAUCCGAAGUGUUUAUUUCCCAUUUUUUCCUUGAUGGUUUUACUGGAUGGAUGACUGCAAGUGCCCCUGGACUUGGCCUCUUAGAGCAAGGGUGCUGUUCGGCUUGUCUUUGCUUCAGUUUUAACCACAUGCCAGGUAACGCCGUUUCAGUCAAGAAAUACUGUUUGUCGUCGGUGCGGCAACUUUGAACGGACAUCCAGACUCUAACCGACCGUGCCGAUCCUGAAUUAUUUAUUUUAACGUUACCUUCCUGAGUGAUAAAGGCACCGUGCUACGUUAUUAUUUUUUGAAACAAAGCAUUCCGAAACCAAAAACGGGGAACAAAAAGUUUUUUAACGUUGACUGAUAGAUAUGGCAAUGGUAGUGUGGAGAGGCUCCCAGGACGAUGUGGCCGAGACCCAGGGCACCCUCUCAUCGCAAACCCAAGGAGGACUAUCCCUUCCAACCCCUCAACCAGGCCAGCUAGGUCUGACGGCCUCUCAGGUUGCCCCUCCGACCCCUCAGACACCCAUUCAAGGACCCCCGAACAACAACACACAGUCCACCCCGACGAACCAGACGACGCAGAGUCAGUCGGAAAAGCAGCAACCACAGCACAUAGAGUGCGUGGUUUGCGGGGACAAAUCCAGCGGCAAACACUAUGGCCAGUUCACUUGCGAGGGGUGUAAAAGCUUUUUCAAACGGAGCGUACGAAGGAACCUCACUUAUACAUGCCGUGCCAACAGGAAUUGUCCCAUUGACCAGCACCAUCGCAAUCAGUGUCAGUACUGCCGCCUCAAAAAAUGCCUCAAAGUUGGCAUGAGACGGGAAGUUUCUCUUUUUACUGCAGCCGUGCAAAGGGGACGGAUGCCACCCACACAGCCACACCAUGGUCAGUUCGCCUUGACAAAUGGGGACCCACUGCACUGCCAUUCCUACUUAUCCGGAUAUAUCUCUCUACUACUACGAGCGGAGCCCUACCCAACUUCUCGGUAUGGCAGUCAAUGCAUGCAGCCCAACAACAUCAUGGGCAUCGAGAACAUUUGUGAACUGGCAGCCAGGAUGCUGUUUAGUGCGGUAGAGUGGGCCAGGAAUAUUCCCUUCUUCCCAGACCUCCAAAUUACCGACCAGGUUGCCCUUUUGAGGUUGACCUGGAGUGAGUUGUUUGUGCUCAACGCUGCUCAAUGCUCCAUGCCGCUCCAUGUGGCUCCACUUCUGGCGGCGGCUGGGCUCCAUGCCUCCCCUAUGUCUGCGGACAGAGUGGUCGCCUUUAUGGACCACAUUAGGAUCUUCCAAGAACAAGUAGAAAAGCUCAAAGCUUUGCACGUUGACUCUGCUGAAUACAGCUGUUUAAAGGCCAUCGUUUUAUUCACUUCAGAUGCUUGUGGCCUGUCAGAUGUGGCCCAUGUGGAAAGUUUGCAAGAGAAGUCCCAGUGCGCUCUGGAGGAGUACGUUCGGAGCCAGUAUCCCAAGAGCCCAACUCGAUUUGGGAAGUUAUUACUGCGCUUGCCCUCUCUCCGUACAGUCUCGUCCUCGGUCAUAGAGCAAUUAUUUUUCGUCCGAUUGGUAGGUAAAACCCCAAUUGAAACCCUCAUCAGGGAUAUGUUGCUGUCGGGGAGCAGUUUUAACUGGCCUUACAUGUCGAUUCAGUAGACAGAAGGAAUGAUCAAAGGGGCUGUGACUACAAUAGUUAGCGCUUCUUUUGUAGAAGGAAACGGCUGUUACACGAGUUUACUUUCACGAAGAAAGACUUUCAUACAAUGACUGUGAAUUUUAAAAUUGAGACAUUCAGUGAAGCCUCGAAAUCCAGAGAUUGCUCCCAGUGUCAUUCUUAACAGUUUGUUCUAAUGAUGUUUUUUUUUUUUUUUUUUUUUUUUUUUUUGUAAUAAAUGCAAAAAUGAAGAAAUAAAUAAAUAACCCUCUAAAAUUAAUACAAAAGGGAAAAAGGCAAGGAAAAAAACAAUUCAAGGAUUUUCAUUUUUUUUCGGGACAGCAAAACUAUAAAGUGCAUUUAAGCGACAAUUUGGAAAGAUUAAGAAGAGAAGAAAAGAAACUUUCUUUUUUUCCCAAAUUGCUUUAUUGUCCUGUGUCCAUGUAUCUAUAGCUGUUUUUGUGUAAUUCUCUUUCCUCCUUUCUGGUUCCAAACCGGCCUGUGAUUCUGUAGUAUGCAGGUCUUAUUUUAUUUUUAUUUUUAUUUUUUUUAUUAUUAUUAUUUUCUUUCUCUCUCUCUCUUUUAAUAACCAUGGCUUCUUCUAAAACAGUUCAGUAAUGUAAAGACGUUCUUCGAGAAUUCGAGAAUUAAAACUAAAUCCACAGCAAUAUAGGCUAUGCUUAAUGCUGCAAGCGCACUUGAUGUCUCUUAAUGAACAAGAGUAGGGAUUAUUUUCAUGAUCGACUCAAAUUUAUAUACACAAAAUGUCAGAGCACUAUUAAUGUUCCAGUGUCUUACACCACUCUUCUAAUUGAUAUAGAUACCCCUAAAUCAUUAUUCCCCAAAAUGGAUGCAGGAGCAAUAUACACUCUGCAAAAAUUAUCAGUUAUAUGCGCCACAAAAGUAUUUGCAAAAUCUAUUUGGUUGAGAGUUAUGACAUGUCUCCAUAUAUAACCCAUAUAUAUUUGUGGGUUAGGAAAUGGUCGUCAGGUUCUAAUGCAAAUAGUAAAACAACGUGUUUGAUUUUACAGUUAAGGACGGAGACCCCCACUUAAUUUUUUAAGAUGUAUUACAGGAUGUAUUACGUUGCGCCCAUGCAAAUUCUCGCUCAAGUGUUUUGCCACAGUAAACUGUAUUUUGAACGUGGGGGGAUUAAUGGGUAAUCAUUCUUUUAAUGAUAAAGCAGCAGUAUUAAUAAGAAGUUACUAUAAAUGUCGCUCAACACUUAAAGCAUUAAAGUGCCUGUACAGCGCAAAUGCGUUAUUAACGGUUACUGAAGUCUAUACACCAUUGGGAACACGCUUAGAAUUUACAAAGUAAGUCUUAUAAUUGUUCAUUUCACUUGAGGAUAAAAAAAUACAAAAAUAAUAAUUAAAAAAAAAAUCACAAGUAGAGGCAGUAUUCUUGUAAAUAUAGGUCAAUUCAUUUCAAGGACUUUUCUUUAUACAACUUAUAUGUGAUUAAGAAUGAAACUGUGGUUGCCAAUUUUUUCGGUAAUACAAAUGUCUUCAAAUGAGUGACAGACUUAGCUAGUAGCACUGAAAGUUCUGUUUGUAAUGUACAUACAUAUUAAGACAAAUGUUUUUUUUUUUUCUUUCUUUCUUUCUUUCUUUUUCAUGUAUUUAGACUGUGAAUGCAUGGCCACAGGUCGCUAACCUAUUUUACCUUUGAUAUAAAUAUAUAUAUAAAUGUAAAUGUUUUGGACUGUAUAGAUAUAAUCUGUGCAUUCAGUACACUAGCCCUUGUAUUGAAAAAGACAAAAAAAAAAUGUUCUAAGAUAGGUUGAGACUUAACAGGGUGAGCUGGUUUGGAAAGGGGUGGCUAUUUUGACUUGGUGUUCUGCUCCUUUUCGGUCUGUAACAGAUGCCUUGUGUGUGUAUGUGUGAAAGCUUGCAAUUUCGUCCUUGUUUUGAGGCUUUUCUUCAACACACAAGACACCAAGUUGUGAUUGGAUAAAAAGGGAUCAUAUUGUGUUGUUGAUUGAACAGUUAUUUUGGGCUGUUCUCUGUCACAUAUGGACCAGUGAAUGAUACAUGAUUGUAAUUAUGAACAGUUUAAACUGACCCACGUUUUUAUAUAAAUAUAUAAAAUAUAUUACUGCAGGGUAUUGAUAACGUAUAGAUACUUUUUUAUUAUUAUUGAUUAUUAUUAAUUGCAAGUGAUAUACGUGAGUGUGUGUGGAAGUUUAUAGUUGAAAACAAUUCUUGUUUGUUUGUGUUAGCUUAUUGUAAACAAGCAUUCUGCUGUAAAUUUGUUCUUGGUAUUAAAUUAUAAUUUAUGAAUUUGAAAUCAAAA